GAUACCUUCAGUUGGCACCCACGAGUGCCUGCAGCCACCUGCACGGCCUCAGUGUCUCUGCUGCCAUUACGAUAUAUCUGCGACUGCUGCCUCUACGGUACUUGAACGUAUUAUUGUAAAAAUAAGGACAAAAGUCAGUGCCAACGCGUUUAGUAAGCUUCGAAACAGUGAUUUUUGAAUACUUAACUGUUAAUGAUUGAAGGCGAGUGCGUAUAUCUAGAACUAUUGACCAAUAAAUAAUUUUAAGCAAAAUAUAUUUUUCUGCUGCUGCUUUAUCACCAGAGGGUAAUUCUUGAGUAACUAUAUAGAGGCUGCUGCAGCCAUGGUCGAGUUGAAGGUGGUAGCAACCGCGUCUGACGACCAAACUCACGAAGGCGACGCACAGUCAGUACACGUUCACGGCAACGUAUUUACAUGUGGAGAGGAUGGCAAGGUGAAGUUUACCUUAUCUAAGCAGCUGGUGACCAAGCCAGGGGACGACAUAGAGAGCGUGCUGAUACACGCGGGUCGCGUCCUCACCUGCUCUACCAGUGGCUCGAUCAAGAUAUGGGACCACAACAACCUGAAGCUCCUGAACGAGUUCAAAGCCCAUGAUUACAGUAUCAAUGAUUUGUUGGUGUUGGGGAACACGCUCUUCACCUGCUCAGUCGAUGCCACUAUUAAGACCUGGGACCUCGAAACUCUGCAGCUCAAGAAGACACUGGCGCCCCACGUAGACUCUGUCAGGAAACUUGCCACAAAUGGUACCAACGUCUUCGCUGGGGAUGAUAAUGGCGAGGUGCGUGUGUAUGACCAGGAAGGAGAGUUCCUGGCCAUGUACGGAGUGGUGGAGGAGGUGUGGGACCUGCACGCCCAGGAUGACCUCCUCUAUACUGUCCGGGACAGAGGAGUAACCAUCACCCAGACCAAAGGAGAAACCAACAAGUUCACAGUGACCAAGUCUCUGGACGGCCGCGCUCCGCUCUGCGUGGUGGGGAACCACCUCAGUUUCCCGGACACCUCCGGCCUCUCCAUCUGCGUCCAUGACAACACCUUCGGAUCAUACAAGCUCAGGGGCCAACUACAGGGACACGAAAUGAUCAUCACCGCCCUGGCGGGUUGGGGCCCGGACCGGUUGGUCAGCUCUGGUUGGGAUAACCAAGUACGUCUCUGGGACCUGUCUGCCCUCAAGGGCCUCGCCUCCUGCGCCCUUCCCGGCUGCCCAAAUGGUCUCGCCUGCUCCCAGGAUGGCUGUGUCUUUGCUGCGGGAGCUGAAGGCUUCCUGUGCAAGAUGAAGGCUGUGUAGUGCGCUCCUACGGGCUGUACGCUCCUUCACCUUGCUCUUCUACGGCACUUUUUUUUUUCUUCUUAUUCCAGAAGUUUCAUGUGAUCGACAUCAACAACGUCAGCAACAGAAAACGGUGUCAACGGAAGAUAUCAACAACGGUAGACAUUGUCAACAGAAGACAUGUCAGACACGAAAUAAUAUUAAUAAUGUAGCAGCUGCGAUUAUUAUUAUUUUUUUAAAUUGAGGAUUUACAAUUAUUUUCCCCGUGAACGCUUAAUAGUUCACUGACUGUAUACUCUGUAAUUUAGUUGCUUCUAAUAACCCAUUUCUUAUGCAUUUUUAUUUUUGAUUUCUAAUUGACAUCUUAUAGAACCAUGCUUCUCUAUAUAGUGUAUAUUAGAUUUUGAAAGAGUGAUGUAUAUAAAAUAAUAUUUAUUUUAUAA